AUGAAUGCGCUUGAGCCCUACCUUACUAUACCCGGAAGCCAUACCUACCCACUAUUUCCUCCCAUUCUCUUUCCAAAUGCAGUCAUUGACGCUAGUAAUUCAACUGUCUUCGGUAACUGGAAGCCCUUGGCUCAGAUCUUGAAAGCGGUUUUGAUGGGCGAAGCAUCCCUUACAUCUGUCAAGAAGGGUGGGCCACCUAGAAACUACAAGAUUUGGGGUGUAUCUACCAUAACACCCAGAGCAAUUGCAUGGAGCGCCACAAUUGCCAUCUUUCUUCUAUUGCCAGAUACAGUAUUCUCUCAAGACGGCCAUAGCAAAAGCUUGGGGAUUCAAUACAAAAAUCUAUUCUACAGCUUCAAGAAGAUUUUGGUGUGUUGCUGGGAUGCUCCGUAUCUCACAAAGAUCAGAUGCCACAUCAAGGGACAUAUCUUUGGAGCCGCAAAGCUACCAGUUGAUGCACCUGAUGGGGAAGACUUUACUGGGCAGAUUGCACUUGCAAUGGCUGGCUUGCAAUCCAACGAUGCCGACGAGGAUUUGGAUUCUACCCCGGGUGACUCCGCUCAGGGUAUUGAAAUCACUCAGUCUGCACUGAAUUCUCCGCUAUCGACUCCAAGGUUGUCCAUAGUUCCUGAAAUACCUUCCAGUGGCUCCAGUGCUCCUCUCGUAAUGCCACUUGCUCCUGCAGUUACUGCGGUCAAUCAGAACUUGCUUGUUUUUGAUGACACAGGUGAUGUGGAGCUCAAUGAAGGGGUGACUGGAACUAUAGAUGCAGAGGAUCAUGCAGAGCCUUUCAAUGAGGGUCAUACUUGA